CAAAUCAUUGCGUGGGAAUUUUGUUUCAGCCGCAUAAAAACUACAUUUUCCAGAACGCCUCAGUGUCAUCGCAAGCGGUUGUUGUCAAGCACAGGAAAGCCAGCGGUGAGACUGACAGGUCCAUCAUGCAGCCGUUAGUCGACAUUCUGAAAUGGUUUGGAGUCAAGGCAAGUGGAUGGUCUGUGUCUGUGUGCCUUUUUCUGCUGUUCUUCAGUCUCCUUUACUGGUACUCCAUCUCCCCUUUCUCUGUCUUGGAGCGAUGUGGCAUCAAGCACCCAAAGCCCUCACCAUUUUUCGGGAACCUCAUGAUGUUUCGAGACGGUUUCUUUAAGGCACAGUCUGACCUAAUAAAGAAAUACGGACGAAUUUGUGGUUAUUAUAUAGGCCGGCGGCCUAUAGUGAUCAUAGCAGACCCAGAUAUGCUCAGACAGGUGAUGGUGAAGGAAUUCAAUAAGUUUCCCAACAGAAUGACUGUCAGAGGCAUUACUAAACCCAUGAGCGACAGUCUGAUCAUGCUGAAGGGCGAACAGUGGAAACGAGUGCGCAGCAUCCUCACACCGACCUUCAGUGCUGCCAAGAUGAAAGAGAUGGUUCCCCUCAUCAACAUGGCCACAGAGACGUUAGUGAGAAACCUGAAGAGCCACGCUGAGUCGGGUAACAGCGUUAACAUUCACAAGUGUUUCGGCUGCUUCACGAUGGAUGUAAUUGCCAGUGUGGCGUUUGGUACACAGGUGGACUCUCAGAACAACCCGGAUGAUCCUUUUGUGAACCAUGCCUCCAAGUUCUUCGCUUUCACCUUCUUCAAACCAAUCAUGAUAUUCUUCAUGGCUUUUCCGUUUCUGCUUAAGCCUCUUGCUGGUCUCCUUCCCAAUAAAUCAAGAGAUGAGAUGAACAGCUUUUUUAUCCAAUGUAUUCAGAAGAUGAUUAAACAAAGAGAUGAUCUUCCUCCUGAACAGCGGAGGAGAGACUUUCUGCAGCUGAUGCUGGACGUCAGGGCCAGCAACAAGUGUUUGUCUUUGGAGCACUUUGAUGUGGUCAAUGACGCAGAUGAACAGGCUUGCACCGAACAGGGGAUGGACAACGGACAGGAAAAUGGACCUGGAAACGAGUCCACCAAGCGCGCCCAGCAGAAGAGAAUGAUGACGGAGGAUGAGAUUGUCGGUCAGUCCUUCAUCUUCCUGUUGGCUGGCUAUGAGACAAGCAGCAACACACUAGCGUUCACCUGCUACCUGUUAGCACUCCAUCCAGAGUGCCAGAAAAAACUCCAAGAGGAAGUGGAUGAAUUCUUCAGCAGACACGAGUCUGCAGAUUACACUAAUGUCCAAGAGCUGAAGUAUUUAGACAUGGUUAUAUGCGAGUCUCUCAGACUCUACCCACCUGCGUUCAGAUUUGCACGAGAUGUUGAUCAAGACACUGUGGUGAACGGCCAGCUUCUGCCUAAAGGAUCAUCUCUGGAAAUCGCUUCAGGUUUCCUUCACUAUGACCCAGAGUACUGGACCGAACCUGAGAAAUUCAUCCCGGAGAGGUUCACUCCAGAAGCCAAGGCCAGCCGGCACCCAUUUGUGUAUCUGCCGUUUGGAGCGGGGCCACGCAGCUGCGUGGGCAUGAGAUUGGCCCAGCUGGAGAUUAAAAUGGCUCUGCUUCACAUAUUUAGGAGGUUUAACAUGAUGGCCUGCGAGGACACUGAGGUUCCUCUGGAGUUGAAGUCGCACACCACCCUUGGACCCAAGAAUGGUAUUCUGGUCAAAAUCACUGAGAGGGAGAAUUUUGAGGAUGAGUCCUGAUGACGUUUUAGCUGUUAGUUGUUGCUUGGGCAGUCUGAUCUAAUCCAUUCUAAUCAUAUUAUUUAGAAUGCAUCGAUUGUCUAAAAUCUAAAUUAUUAUUCUGGAAUCACCUGACAACUAAAUCAAAUGUAUCUGUGCUACUCAUUUAAAUGAAACUGAAUUCAACACUAUUAAUUUACAACUAAGGCACAGAUGUACAUACGAGAAAAGCAUCACACACUGAACACAACAACUGUUCUAGUACAUACCAUGGAUAUUAUUCUAGUGAACACUGUUUGUAUUUAUAUUUCUCACCUCAGAUCAGCAACAUAGAGUGAUCAUUACUGUAAGAAACCACCCAGAGAUGACUAACAGCACAUACUGUACGCACAAGUCCCUCAAAUGUACAUGCAACCAACUACAUGGAAGAAAAUCUGUUUGAUUUAGAUGCAAUGAUUUGAUAGCAGGUUCUGGGAUUGGACAUGUCUUGCCUUUACUGCCAGUGACAUAUUUGAGCUUCUGAAGAUUAUGCUGAUUUUAAAUCAUUUAUAUUACAUUAAGCUGCAAUGAAGACCCAGAGUGAUGUGAUUUUUAAGGUUUGAGUGUACAGAGUAUGAUGCAAAUUCAAUGUGAUUGUUUAAUCAGGGUAUGAACUCUACAAACUCUGACAUUUUCAAAUGAUUUGAAAUCAAAAGUAUUACACAAUAAAUGGUUUAUCAGUCAGAAUAGGUGUAUUUAUCUUCAGUUACACAUUUAAUUUGAUAUCAAGCAUUUGACACGUCAAAGGAACGUAUAAAUGUUACGAUUUCAGGAGAUUUUAGAGGUUUGAUUAACAGAACAACAACUCUUUGUCUUGAUAAACAAAACCAAUUUACUGUACUGUAGAUCCGUUUUCUAAGACUUCACUUCUCAGUUUAACCACUAGAGGUCACAGUGACUAGAGGAUCUGUGUAGUCAGUGACACACCUGCUCAUUCUCUUCUUGUACAUGACCUACUUCCUCUUGUCUGUGUCUUAAUCUGUGAUUUUGUUUUUAGUAUUAAAUGCAAAUCAUUCCUA